AACCUCUCACUGUUGCGUAAGUACACAAAACUCUCUUCGUAUUUGACAAUCUCAACACUACUCUUUUUCUCUCCUUGCUUAGACCAAAACAAAGGCAAAGGAGACUUGAACAAAGAUCAAUUCCCCUGCCCAUUUCCUUCUCUUGUUAACCUUUCAUCUCACUGCUCUCUCUCUCUCUCUCUCUCUCUCUGAGUGUGAGUGUGUGUGCAAGCUCUUAAAAUAACCAAGAAGGUUCGAGAAGUACUAUUAUAUAUUUAUUAUUAUAUCCCAUAUCCUUACUCUCUUUCUAAACUCCAAAUGGGAAAUGAAUACGAUCGAUUCCCCCAUCAAAAACUGAAUCUCCAUUCAAGAAACACAUUCUUGCCCAUGUUGUGUUCAAAACCAUCCAUCAAAGAUGUUAUAAUUCCCAAAUGGGAAGAUCGCUGUGUGUCCUUCUCCAGCGACCCUUUGUCCCCCAGAAUCAGCUGCAUGGGCCAAGUGAAAAGGAACAACAAAGUAGUUGGCUUUCCAGCUACUCACAGCAAGCUCAACCAAAACACCAGACAUAGUACUAACAACAUCAUCAACAACAAUAACAGUGUCAAGUACUCCAAGCUCAAGAAAAUGUUCUCUAGCAAAAACCUGCCCACCACAGUGGCCACCACCACCACUGCUAGCUGUGGAAGCAGGAGACAAGUGAGCAUGACUGGUAGCAAUGAGAAUCGUACUUGUAUAAGCAUUGUUGAUAUGGAUCCUCCAUUGCCAGUCAUCAAGAAGGAGCAAAAGCCUCAAGGAGAGGAUGCAGACAGUCUUUGGAAGAGAAGAUCUGGUGGGGUUGCACUGAAAACUUUACAGCUUCAACAAAUUCAUCAUACUAGGCAUCAUCUUCAACCUACCACAGUUUGAUGAGAAAAUUUCAUUGAGAGGUGAGUGAGAUAGAAUUGAUGCAUAAGAAAAGGGGGAGAAAAAAAGUAAUGUAAAUGUUCUCAGUUAGUUUUUACAAAUUUUUUAUUAUAUUAUUAUUUAAUCCUGUGCUCAAAAUUUGGUGCUGCUGAUCAUGAUGUAUGUGGUUACUGUUCUCAUGUAGAUCCAGGGAUUUUUUUUUUUUUUUUCUUCUUAAACAUAAUAAAUGAGUCAAUGAGAAAAGCCACCAGUAGAUCAUCCUGCCUGAA